ACAAACAAACAAACAAACAAACAAACGAGAAAUUCGGCCACAACAACGACAACAAAAGCCAGCCUCCAACCCCCCCCCCCCCCCCCCCCAACCCUCUGUCCUUUUAUUCUGACGCUUUUUCCGAGCGUCACAUCCCGCCGGGCUGCAGGAAUGUAGAGACGGGGGUGCUUUUAAAAAUAGCAUCCUCGGCUGUGACAGCGCUGCUCCGGAGGCUCCGCAGCACUGUGCUGCGAGAAGCAGGAAUGCGAAGAUGGCUGCAGACCUGGGAGAGCUUCUGGUCCCGUUCAUGCCCACCAUCAGAGUCCCCAGGACCGGAGACAGGGUUUUCAAGAGCGAGUGCGCCUUUUCCUUCGACUCUCCCGAGUCCGAGGGGGGCCUGUAUGUGUGUAUGAACACAUUCCUGGGCUUUGGUCGGGAACAUGUGGAGAGGCAUUAUCGCAAAACAGGACAGAGCGUUUACAUGCACCUCAAGCGGCAUGUCAAAGAGAAAGCCACAGGAGCUGCAGGAGGCGCCAUCCCCAGACGAAGAAAUGGAAAAGUUUUCCUCGAUUUAGAGCUUAACCGUGAUUUUAACGGCGAGGACUAUGAGUAUGAGGAUGAGGCCAAGCUCGUCAUUUUUCCAGACCACUUCGAGAUCCCUUUACCAAAUAUUGAGGAGCUGCCUGCUCUGGUCAGUGAUCCGGUGCUGUUUAUGUGCAUGCCUGUGGGUGAGAUGCACUCGGUGGUGACCAUUGCCUGUGACGCAGUGCUCAAUGCAUCAUCGGCUUACAAGAAGCAGGAACCUGAGUCCUGGGAUGAGGAGAUCCAGGUCUCCAGACAUGCCAGAAGCCUGAGGCAGCUCGAUAACGGGGUGCGGAUCCCACCCAGUGGCUGGAAGUGUCAGAAAUGUGAGAUGAGGGAAAACCUGUGGCUGAACCUGACGGAUGGAGCAGUGUUCUGCGGGAAGUGGUUCUUCGACGGGAGCGGGGGUAAUGGCCAUGCUCUGGAGCACUACAGGGAAACCAACUACCCCCUGGCCGUGAAACUGGACACCAUCACCCCAGAUGGAGCAGACGUCUACUCAUUUGAGGAGGAAGAAGCGGUCUUGGACCCUCACAUAUCAGAGCACUUGUCCCACUUUGGAAUCGACAUGCUACAGAUGCAGAAACGAACAGAGAAUGGACAUCACACAGACAAUAACCCCCGGCCGCGGGUCAGCGAGUGGGAGGUGAUCCAGGAAUCGGGUAUGAAGCUGAAGGCUGUGUAUGGUUCUGGUUACACGGGCAUCAAAAACCUGGGCAACAGCUGCUAUCUAAGCACAGUCAUGCAGGUUCUCUUCAGCAUCCCGGACUUCCAGAGAAUGUAUGUGGGUAAUCUUCAGAGGAUAUUCGACUAUUCACCCCUUGACCCCACCCAGGAUUUUGCCACACAGAUGGCUAAACUGGGACACGGGCUGCUCUCAGGCCAGUACUCCAAACCACCCAUGAAAUCUGAGCUCAUUGAACAGGUGAUGAAAGAAGAACACAAGGUAUUAAACGGGCACCUGCAGAAGGGUAUCUCUCCUCGGAUGUUGAAGGCACUGGUCAGCAGGGGACACCCAGAGUUUUCCUCUAACAGACAACAAGAUUCCCAUGAGUUUCUCCUGCACAUGAUCAACCAGGUGGAGAGGAACAGCGCAGGCUCUGAGAACCCAAGCGACGCGUUCCGCUUCUUGGUGGAGGAGCGGAUCCAGUGCUGCCAGUCCCGCCGGGUUCGCUACACCCAGCGGGUGGACUACUGCAUCCAGCUGCCAGCUCCCAUAGAGGCGGCCACCAAUCGAGAGGAGCUGCUGGCAUAUGAUGCCAAGCGGAAGGAAGCUGAGGACAACAUGAGGGCUCCUCCUGAACCGGUGCGAGCGAGGAUCCCGUUCACUGCUUGUCUGCAAGCCUUCACAGAGCCGGAAAAUGUCCCUGACUUCUGGAGCUCAGCACUGCAGGCGAAGUCAGCUGGAGUCAAAACUUCCAAGUUCGCCUCCUUCCCAGAGUAUCUGAUUCUGCAAAUCAAGAAAUUCACAUUUGGUGUCGACUGGGUGCCAAAGAAACUUGACCUAGCCAUCGAUGUUCCAGACUUUCUGGACCUGAGCCGGCUCCGAGCUGCAGGACUACAGGCGGGUGAAGAGGAACUGCCGGAUCUUAUGCCUCCCAUAGUGCUGCCUGAAGACACCAGAGAUAACUCCAUGAGCUCCUCAGACUCCCCCGAGAUAGACGAGGCCGCCGUUAUGCAGCUGGCGGAGAUGGGCUUUCCACUGGAGGCCUGCAGGAAAGCGGUGUACUACACCGGAAACAUGGGCCCCGAAAUGGCUUUCAACUGGAUCAUAGCUCACAUGGAGGAGCCUGACUUUGCAGAGCCCCUCGCUCUGCCCACCAUGAUGGAUCCGGGUCCUUCCACCAGUGACAGCCCCAUGGGGGCCACUCCGCUGGAUAACUCGCCCCCUGAGGAGAGCGUCUCCAUCCUCACGUCAAUGGGCUUCCCCCGCAACCACGGCAUCCGCGCACUCAAAGCCACGAACAAUAAUCUUGAACGUGCACUCGACUGGAUCUUCAGCCACCCAGAGGAGGAGGACAGUGACGCCCUGUCAGACAUGGCUGACACCGAGCCCAACGACAACGCCUUCUCCAACGCCAACUCGCACAGCGACUCCACGCUGUCUCCCGACAGAGACGCGCCGGGCCCUCGAGUCAAAGACGGACCAGGACGAUAUGAGCUCUUUGCCUUCAUCAGCCACAUGGGAGCAUCCACAAUGUCUGGACAUUAUGUUUGUCACAUCAAAAAGGAGGGCAGGUGGGUGAUCUACAACGACCACAAAGUGUGCUUGUCGGAAAGGCCUCCAAAAGACUUGGGCUACAUCUACUUUUACCACCGACUGUCCAGCAGUUAAAAUCGCCGGCCCCCUCCUCCCUGCAAUCUUUAAAUAGCCUCAGUCUUUCGCCCAGAAGACUGACAGACACUCGUAAUGACAGCGGCGGUGGAAAUGAUGGAGGGAACCUGUCAGACCAGCUGCUUGCCUUACUGUGAUAUCAUUCAGGAGCUACUAGGAACACUGGUCAGGAAGGGAAAGCGAUGUGCUUUUUGUGCACUGAAGGAGGGAUGCGUGCAAUUUUUA